AUGCUGGUACUGAUCGCAGGCGUUACAGGUAAUCUUGGCCAAAAGCUGGUCAAAAGCCUUCUUUCCCGGAAUCACCAAGUCCGUGGUCUUGGCCGCAGCCCAUCCAAACUCGACAAAGACAUCCAAUCCGGUCUUGAGAGCUUCGUCCAGAGUCAGAACUAUUAUGAUGUACCAGCACUCGAGAAGGCCUGCACGGGGGUUGACGCCGUAAUCUGUGCAUAUUUGGGCACACCUGAACUACAGCUGGAAGGCCAACUGCUGCUGCUUCGCGCCGCUGAACGAGUUGGCGUGAAGCGGUAUGUCGCCGCCGCCUGGAACUACGAUUGGAGGAAGAUGUCGUUCGGCCAGCACGAGAGCUAUGAUAUGUACCUCCCAUUUCGCCGGAUCGUCGAGUUCACUUCAGAAAUCCGUCCCAUCUACAUCUUCACCGGUGUGCUGGCUGAAGUCCUCUUUUCCGUACCUGGACAUGGCGACUUUGGACCAAAGAACCAUGGAGUCUGGGAUCCCGUGAAGAAGGAGAUGCAUGUAUGGGGCGAAGGCAACGAAGUUUGGCACUGGACGACUGAAGAGGAUUGUGCCGAGUUCACAGCGGCAAUCCUGGAGAGAACAGAUGCAGAAGACCAGCAGUUUUGGACUGUGUGUUCGGGCGAAAGUACGCUGCCGGAGAUGGCCGAGACCUACGGAAAGGUGCGUGGCAGUGGUGGAAGUGUGGUGAAGAAAGGCAAUCUGGACGAUCUUCGCCGUGAGGCAUUCGAUGCUCGUAGAAGUGGAACCACCAAGAGGUUCUACGAGUACAUUGGAUGGUUCUACCAGCUGUUUACCGUUGAUGGGACUUGGGUUUUGAAAGAUCUGGAUAAUGAUAAGUUGAGGGUAAAGGCCACCAGCUUGGAGCAAUUCUUCAAAGACAGCCCUGAGAUUUGA